AUGGAUUUGCUGAAACGGGAACUGAUGAAGAAGCGGCAGAGUUUGGAGUCCGAUUUCGGAGGGAAGAAGCUCCUUAGACGCUCCGAGAUUGAUCAGAAGAAGAUUCAAAAGCUCCGCGAGGAGGAGCAGCGCGAAAUCCAGGCGAAAUCCCUCCAGCACUCUCAAUCGCAGUCUUCCGAAUCUCUCCCUUCCUCCUCUGCCUCCGGGGAUGCAGGAGGCGUCAUCAAUCAGUCCGCCCAGAAAAACCCUAGCUCCACCUCGUCCCUACCCCCCUUCCUCUCCGCCGCCUCGUCUUCUGCCAAGAGGGCUGCCCACGAAACCCUAACAGAUGAGCAGCGGAUCGACGAUCUCGUACUCUCCAAGCAGGAGGUUAUCCGCCGUCUCCGCAUCCUCAAACAGCCCAUCACCCUCUUCGGGGAGGACGAUGAAGCCCGCCUCGACCGUCUCAAGCUGACUCUCAAGUCUGGCGUUUUGGAGAUAGACAGUGACAUGACCGAGGGCCAGACCAAUGACUUCUUGAGGGAUAUCUAUGAGCUCCGUAAGCGACAGAAGGCGGGAUCCGGGAGUUCGUUCCUUCAUGAGAAGUCUCAGCGCAAGGGUGAGAACGAGGACGGGUUGGAUGAUGAUGGGGCUGAUGGUGAUGGUCAUAAGGGCCUCAGCGGCGAUGGCGGUUCGUCGGGAAUGGAUGCAGACAAGGAUGUGAAACGGAUGAAGGCUAAUUUCGAAGAUUUGUGUGGUGAGGACAAGAUACUCGUUUUCUUUAAGCGGCUACUUAAUGAGUGGAACCAGGAGCUGGAUGAGAUGACAGAGAAAGAGAAGAGGACUGCCAAGGGAAAGUCCAUGGUUGCCACAUUCAAGCAGUGUGCUAGAUACAUCAGUCCUCUAUUUAAAUUUUGCAGGAAAAAGGUGACUAUUUUUCACAAUCCAUCGUGAUCUUUUGGCAUUGUGAGGGAUCAGUGGUGAAGCCUGUUGUCAUAAUGUUAUGCUCAUGUUUCAACAUCUUACGAGAACUUACCAAUGAAGUAUAUAUUCUUAAUUUCAAUACGAUUUAGAGUCUUCAAGUAUAUCUGCCUUAUUUUCCAAAGAUUCCAUGCUAAAUUAUCCUCUCUAGUUUUCUAUUUAUGCAAUUUUCAUAGUAUUUAAUCAUGCUAAAUAUACUGCAUGCCUAGCGGAUAGUUCCUGUAGCUCCGUCCUUGACUAAAGAGGUAAAAUGGGUCUGUUGCUUACUGUCAUGAAUUUAAGGAAAAGCAAGUUGUUUCUAUUUUAGAUAUUUUUAUUUAAACGACCUAAACUCUAAAAGGCAUAAGAAUGCGUAAGGGAAAAACACCAAGCGCCAUCAAAAAGAUCGUCAUUUUAUGGAGGUAAUGGUAACAGAAUAGCAUGUUUCCCAUCGUUUCUAUCCAAAUAGUCUGUUUGUGUUGAGUUUAACAACACAUUUAUUAAGCAUUUCUCUUUAAAAAAAUACCAUUUAAAUAUUGACUUCGAGGCAUUCCGGUAUCUCAACUAUUUUUAGUUCAUCUCAGGUUAUCCCUUCAUUCCUUACUCCUCUAAUUUGUUUAUAAGUGAUCACAUAGUAAAAGGUUGCAUCAAGUCUCUUACUGCCCACUCCAAAAUCAUACUGAGUGGUCAUCUGUGUUCUUGGGAACUCCUCACAUGAUCUUUUACCUCCAAUUCAUCCAUAUUUCACAGCAUGCGAUCUUUAUAAUGUUUCUAUUCGGGGGGGAGGAGGUCAUUGUGGCCUAUUUGUAAUAAAUAGUGGCCUAUGUAAGUGAUAAUAAGUGGUUUGAAUCAACCUAGAACCACAUCAAAGUACCCCAGAAAACAGAUAAGGCUCAGCUAAUUAUGGUUAGGUUCGCCAAACAUCUGCCAAACACUCGCUGAUGAUUUCUUUUUUUACUUGAGGCCUGGGUUUGGAAGAAUGAAGAGGAGCCGGGGGAAAGGCGAAAGAAGAAACAUAUGAAGGAGGAGACGAUAGGAGAGGCUUAAGGAGAGGAGAAAGAAGGUGGAAAAAUCAUGGGGAGACUAUUAGGAGAAAUAGUGUUAAAUGUUACAAACUUGUGUUUAAUUAUCUCGUUGUUGAUUUAAUGAGCUUUGUGGACGGUCUUGGGUUAGCCUGCUGUCUGGUUGGGUUAUUAGUAGACGGCUCAUAGCAACUCCAUAGGCUGAUAUAUUGUGAAGAAAUGCAGAAAGCAAAAGGGACGAACAGAAUUUACAUGGAAGAUGCCAUAGUCAAGCCUUAUUUGGAAAAUGUCAAUUACUGCUAUCCAUGACCCCUACCCUCUUUCAAAUCAAGUCAACCGAUACGAUAUCCAUCAUUAUCAUCUCACAAUUUUCUUUAGAACCUUUUUUUUUCUAACCCAGAUUAAAAAAAUAUCAAUAGCUGUUAUUCACACCCUUUGCCUUCUCUAUUUAGCUCAACUGAUACAAGAUCCCCUCUCGUUUCCUCACAUCUUUGCAUUAGAACCCUUAUUCCAGCUAUUCUUACGUUGUUUCUAUGACUCCUUUAGCAACCUAAGCUGUAAAACGGCUGCGAUGAAACAAUCGUUUCACAGUAUCCCAUAUGAUGCCUUUAUUUUAACCAAAUACUUGUACUAUUAUUGUCUGUUAAAUUUCUGUUUUCUUUUUCUGCUUCAAUCAUCAACAUAUAUCCUCCAAAUCCUGUUUGAAAGUUGGGAAUUGAUUUUCUAACUGUAAGAAACACUUGUUGUUUAAGUUGCGUGUUUGGGAACGUCUGUAGGACGGCCAAAAUAUAUCUAUUGAAAGCUUAGCUUUGAUGCAAAUCAAACCAUGUACAGAGGGCAUCUUUAUAUAUUCUCUCAGAACUCUUUUUUUACGUAGUUGAAUACUCUUUCAGAUGCAAUCUACAAAGCAAUGAAGGCGGCAUAUACUGAUUUUUCUCGAUUUCAUAGAUUUCUUUUAUCGAAUUCCCAAGCAAGAAUAUUUACAGUAAUGUUUCUUUUGCCUGAAUGAUAUAUAUAUGAAAAAUUAGCAAGUUUGCUUAGAUUAUUGAGAAUACCUCUGAUCCAAUAUCUAUCUGUUUCUGUCAUCCCCAUUGCAGGUUCUCCCUGAUGACAUCCGGGAAGCACUACUAGUGGUGGUCAACUGCUGCAUGAAGCGAGAUUACUUAGCCGCCAUGGACCAGUACAUCAAGCUCGCCAUUGGUAAUGCGCCGUGGCCGAUCGGUGUGACCAUGGUUGGCAUCCACGAGCGGUCGGCCCGAGAGAAGAUCUACACCAACAGCGUCGCCCACAUCAUGAACGACGAAACUACCCGCAAGUAUCUGCAGUCUGUUAAGCGCCUGAUGACUCUGUGCCAGAGACGCUACCCGGCCCUCCCGUCCAAAUCGGUAGAGUUCAACAGCUUGGCGAAUGGGAGCGAUCUCCACGCUCUUCUAAGCGAAGAGAGGGCCAAGGGGAACCCCAUCUCAGAAGAGAGGCUCCGGCUGAUGCCUGUGCCGAAGAAAGAGUAG